AUGUAAUAACAUAUAAACGAUAUCGAUAAUCGUAGACGUGUUUCAUCUAUAGCUUUGCACUUUGAAGAGCUGAGAUAAACAGUGACAUUAAAUAAUGCUGUCAGAGAAAGAAAAUAAACUUAGCACCUUCACAACUACAGCUAAAAAUAGUAACAUUAUGAAAACAAGAUACCCCACUCAAAUAAAUAUACUAUGGAAUAUGAGGAUCUAGAGACUUAAGAUACAAGUUUAAUAGAGCAAGUUUAACAAAACCAUUAAAACCAUGACGAAAUGGUUGAAUAAGCUGCAAACUAAAUCUAAGCUAAAGUAGAUCAUAAAAUUGCUUUAGAUAAGCUUUACAAAAAGUAUUAAACUAGUUCUUAAAAGGGUUUAACAACAGACCAAGCAAGUAAGUUACUCGAGGAACACGGUGAAAAUAAAUUAACUGAAAAAGAUAAAACACCAUGGUGGGUUUUACUUCUCAAGGAAUUAACUAAUGGGUUUGCUAUUAUGCUUUGGCUGGGUGGUAUUUUGUGUUUUAUUACUUAUGGCUUAAAUUCUUCAGAUCCCUCUAAUCUUUAUUUAGGUAUUGUUAUCAUAAUUGUUAUCAGUAUUACAGCUGUUAUAACUUUUUAAUAAAAUGCUAAAUCUGAAGCUAUUAUGGAAUCUUUUAAAAAUUUUAUUCCUCAAAACUCUACUGUAAUUAGAGAUGGUAGUAUCAAAAAUAUUUCUGCAGUGACUUUAGUUGUUGGUGACAUAGUAUUAGUAAAAGCUGGUGAAAAAAUUCCUGCAGAUAUUCGUAUUAUUGAAUCUAACGAAAUGAAAGUAGAUAAUUCUCCUCUAACAGGUGAGUGUGAACCACUUCUUCGUACAGUAGAAUGCUCUCAUCCAGAUAGCUAUCUUGAAACUUCUAACCUUGCAUUCUUUGGAACUCUUUGCAAAGAAGGAACAGGAAAGGGAAUCGUUAUUUGUACUGGUGAUAGAACAACACUUGGAUAAAUUGCGGAUCUAACCUCUAGUGAUAAAAAGGCUAAAACUCCUUUGAGAAUCGAGCUAGAUCGUUUCGUUUUAAUGAUUACUAUUAUUGCAAUUUUUCUUGGUGUUCUAUUCUUUUUCUUAGCUUUUUUUGUUAUGAAUUAUGAUUCUCUUACAUGUAUUAUUUUUGGUAUUGGUAUUCUAGUUGCUAACGUCCCAGAAGGCUUACUUGGCUGUAUUACAGUCUCUCUAGCUAUUACAGCUAAGAAUCUCUCUAAAAAGUAGGUAUUAGUAAAAAAUCUAGAAGCAGUAGAAACCUUAGGGUCAACUACAUGUAUUUGCUCAGACAAAACAGGUACUCUUACUCAAAAUGUUAUGUCUGUGAAGCAUAUGUGGUACAAUAAUAGAAUUCAUAUAGCUCAGAACUAAAAAUUGCUAAAUGGAAAUAAGGCUGAUUAUGAUAUGAAUGAUCCUAACUUUAUGAUGCUUCAUUAAUCUGCUAUGAUUUGCAGCGAAGCUCGUUUCGACACAUCUAGCUUACCCGAUUAAACAGAUAUAGAUUAUUUAACAUGCCCAGUAAUUGGGGAUGCAACUGAAACAGGCUUAAUUCGCUUCUAUUAAUAUAUUUCCGAUGUCAACAAAUUCCGUGAUAGAUUCAAAGUAGUUCGUAAUCCUGAUGGUACUUAAGCUAAAAUGCCUUUCAAUUCUUCAGUGAAAUUUGCAUUAACAAUAGUUGAAGAAAAAACAUAAAAUAGUAAUUAUUGUGUAUAUAUUAAAGGAGCUCCUGAGAAAAUAUGGGCUUAUUGCUCUUCUGUACUUAUAGGCUAAAAACCUGAUAUUAUUAAUUAAAAAUGGAAAGAUGAAUUUAAAAAGGUUAAUCUUAUUUUUGGUAAGGGAGGCGAAAGAGUACUCGGAUUUGCAAGAUUACCUCUUCCUUCUGACUUAUAUCCUAUGGGAUCUCAUUUUACUGUUUCAUCAAUAUCGAAAUUCAACUUUAAACUGGAAAACUUUUAAUUUUGUGGUUUAGUUUCCUUAAUGGAUCCUCCGAAAACUAGAGUUCCAGCUGCUAUACUUGAAUGCAGAUCUGCUGGUAUAAAAGUUAUAAUGGUUACUGGAGAUUAACCUCCAACAGCAGCAGCAAUAGCUAAAGAAGUAAAUAUUGUACCAAAAGACAUUUAAACAAAUGAAGAUAUACUAGAGUAAAAUCCUGAUAUUGAUUGGUUUGAUGCAAGUGAAAAAUGUGAAGCAAUAGUUGUACAUGGAGACAGAAUAGUAGAGUCUAUUGAUAGAUGCUCGUAAGAAGGGAGAGAUGAUGAAUUAUACUAUCUAAGGAGAUGGGUAAAUAAACCUUAUUGCGUUUUUGCUCGUACUACACCAGCAUAAAAACUUUAAAUAGUGAAUGCUUGCUAAAAAGAAGGCUUUAUUUGCGCAGUUACUGGUGAUGGAGUUAAUGAUUCUCCUGCUAUUAAAUAAGGCGAUAUCGGAAUUUCAAUGAAUAUUUCAGGUAGUGAUGUGACUAAAGAUGCUGCUGAUAUGAUUCUUCUUGACGAUGAUUUUGCUUCUAUCGUUAGUGGAAUUGAAGAAGGCAGAAAAAUUUUUGAUAACCUUAAAAAAACAGUAGUUUAUCUUUUAACAUCAAAUAUGACUGAAAUUGUUCCCUUCUUAGCCUUCAUAGUUUGCCAAAUUCCUCUCCCUCUUUCCAGUAUAUUUAUGCUCGUUAUAUGUGUUGGUACUGAUAUUUGGCCAGCUAUUUCUCUAGCAUAUGAAGAAGCCGAAUUAGAUGUGAUGACAAGAAAACCACGUACAAAGGAAGAACAUCUUGUUUCAGCAAAGUUAAUAACUAUAUCUUAUCUUAUGUUAGGUUAAAUUGGAUCAGCAGGUGGAUUUAUUGGAUAUUUUGUGUGCUUUAAUUAUUUAGGCUUUCCUGUUAAAUCUUUAUUUGGUAUUGCAAAUGCUGAAGGAUAUAAACCUCCUGUAAAUGACUUCAAUACUUAUCAUAAUAAUGAUCCAUAUUUUAACUCAGCUUUACAUGCUCUCACUUUGGGUGACUGUAAUAAAAAUGCUAAAGCUGCUGAAAAGAUUAAAUACACUAUUGACUGGUCAAAUUUAAAUGAUGUUAAUUAUGAUCUGAGAAAAUCAUUACUUAAAUGUAAUUCUUAAGGUUAGUGGGUCCCUGCAAUUGAAUGGAGUCAUUGUAAUGUCAACUCUUCAAGUUAUAAAUCAGAUAGUGUCAAAGUAACUUCUUGUUAUUCAAUAGAUGCUAUAUACUGGGCAUAAUCAGUUUACUUUGUAUCAAUUGUAACUAUUUAAUGGUCAAAUAUUUUUGCCUGUAAGUCUAGAAAAAUGAGUUUUACAACAUCUGCUUUUAACAAAACCAUGGUUUAAGGAGUUAUUUUUGAGACACUAAUAGCAUUAUUCCUUCUCUAUGUCCCAGGUGUCUAAGAUGUAUUUGGAGGAAGAUCCCUCCCAUUUUUCUUGUUUGGUAUACCAGGAAUAUGUUUGAGUAUAACUCUUCUUGCUUGGGAGGAGACAAGAAAAUAUUUAGCUAGAACCUAAAGAUGGUUUUUGAAAUAUGCUUUAUGGUGA